AUGAGACGAGCGAAGAUGAUGAUAAAGCCGAAGCUGGGCCCUUCGGUUAAGCAGAGCAAUCCCCAGCAAACGCAACCGCAGAUUCCGAAGACUCCAGACAGUGGGGAUCAGGUUAAAGCUCCCGCGGGAAAUGAUUCCAUGCCGCCACCACCAGAUCCUGCUCGAAGAGGAGAAUUUGAAGAUCCACCCCCGCCAAGACGAAUCAGGACACCAUCUCCAGCCGAGGAUGCGGAAGAAAGUCGGGGAUUCAGGAAUCCGACGAACGUCGUUCAAGAGCCCCCAUCAGCCAAAGAAUUGGUGGUGAGCCUGCCGGUGUGUCAAGAUGCGACGGACAGUAGCCCCAAGACAGCAAAUACGAACCUCGAGGUCGAGGUGGCAGCUCCGCUCCAAGCUCGACGUGAGCGGAGAGCAUCAAAAAAAGCGGACGAGUUCCGGGAAAUGCUAAUGGCUUCACGGCGACGGUUCGGGAAGGUCCGGGAGCCGAUCGACACAUCGAAAUUGACUAUGUUAGACCUAAUUUAUUACAAUCCUCCCGGGGCUCCGAUGAAAAGAAAAGCGUCCGAGCAGGAGAAGCUCGUGGAGAGAUUGGAGGAGCAGUCCCUGGAGCCGGAACUAGAAGAAGAAUCCAGCACGACGGACUCUACCAAUGAUACGAAGGGCCCCGCGGAGGACGAAGUCAUGGGUCCCCGUGUCGUUGUGGGUCCGGAUGGUGAAAUCCAGAUCGACGAGACAUCUUUGGUGAUUCGACGGCCGAAUCCGGUGGAGAGUAAACAUAAAUUGAAGGUGACUGUCGAAGAGGCAGGCAAAGCGCGGUACAACUCGUUCAAGACUAAAAAAAUGAAGAAGUGCACAUGGACUUCAAUAGAAACAUCGAAAUUCUAUCGUGCGUUGAGUAUAUGUGGGACAGAUUUCACAUUGAUGACGCAGUUCUUCCCGUCGAGGUCUCGGCAAGAUUUGAAGAAUAAAUUUAAACGUGAAGAGAAAUCCAAUGCUCCCCUCAUCGACAAAGCCAUCCAUCACCCUACACAAUUCGACUACACUGAGUUUGAAGUGGAAGACAUCGCGAAAGACGACGACGAGCCUCAGAAAACCAAGAACUCCAGAGGUGGAGCGCGAGGCUCGCGAAAAAGGAAACCCAGAGCAACAGAUUCGCCCGAAAAAGAGCUGUUGGCGAUCACUGAAGGAUCCCUCGGCGAAAAACACGAUCCGCUCCAAGUGUCGAGGCCGAAGAGGAAUCGUGCCAGGGUCGAUUACUCCGUGCUGAACGAGAGCUCACAUGAGUCGGAGGACGCUCCGAAGCUUCAGACGGAGGAACGAAAGAGCAACGAGGCGAAUACCGAAGUACCGAAGGUAGCAGAGGAAAGACCGGAACAAACAGUAGAACCUGCACCAGAUACAGUCUCAACCGUCGAUGCAGUAGCUAGCCGGAAAGCAAGCCCGAAAAAAUCCGAUGACGAAGGCUCCAAAGUUUUCGAGGUCCCAUCAGAAGUCAUUGACGAGAUGUCUCAAAUCACGCGAGGAACUCAACUACAAGAAUCAAAGCAAGACCUCACCGAGCCUGAGGCCGAGACGAAUCCUACGGUGUUCGAGACACAGAAAGGAACGAGGACUGAAUCAAAGCCCCAGAAUCCGAAACCCAAAGUUUGUGCACCUGUUUUCAAACCCCGGAUUCGAAAAGCUGCCAUCCGACCAGAACUCCUGAAGAGAACCAGCGCAAGAAGCUUAGCUGUGACGGCUCCGGUCAGAACGCUUCCGGAGGUAAAUAAAACUAGUGCGCCAUCGGAGGAACAGAAAUCGGAAACGGAUUCUCGGACGUGUCCUGGGGGAAUGGAUGCUCCUCCCACUUCCUCGGACGCUCCCCCUCCGGGAAAUCCUUGCCUUGAAGAGCCCUGCCGAAAUGUUGAGAGCCCCGCUCCAGCACGCGAUCUUCCUGAUGCUUCGUCUGAAGCGUUUAAAUCGAUCAAUGUUAGCCCUCAAGCAGCUCGAGAGACAUUAUCCGAAGCUCAAUCGUCGGAGCAGCCGAGCCCGACGAGAGAUUCGAUCCGCCCUCCAAUCACAAGUCCAGCAGAAGCGGAACCCACGUCCAAGGAAGGAGGACCGGGCAGGGAUGACUCCGAGGAAUCGAAAAAGGCUCUGGCACUUUCGUCGCCGACACCUCAGCCCAAAUUGGUUCUUCCGAGGCGACCCAUAUCGAACAGAAUCAUCCGUCCGAUUGGAGCAGCGAAAACUAGGGGGACGGUUCUGAGUCCGGUUGCGAGAAGGAAGCCCGACGCUAUAAGAAAGAACGAUUCUUGA